GACACACUGUGCGCAUAGCCUGACUCAACACCUGGUGACGCGACGCUGCCAGUUAACCAAUUAAAAUCUCACCUGAGGCUAUAAGACAGGCUGACAAAAGCGGCGGCCUUCCCAUUAAAUAUUUGGUUGGAGAAGUGUUCGAGUUAUCGAGGAGAAUGAAUGGUGUGCGCAGCGGGAAGGCUGCUGGCGGUUCACCGCUGCAGCUGUUCAGCUGCACCCAUGCGAACUGUGGAGCGACUUUUAACAGACAGUGGAGACUGAAAGACCACCAGACUGUGCACACCGGAGCGCGCCCGCAUCCGUGCGCAAUUACUGGCUGUGACCGUCGUUUCUCCAGAAAGUCCCACCUGAGCCGCCACAUGCUUCAGCACAGAGGAGUGAAGCAAUUCCAAUGCAACAAGGCAGGCUGUGCGCAGAGCUUCCUCCACGCAGCCAAACUGAAGAGACACGUGCUCUACGCCCACGGAGACAAAACCCAGUAUUUCAAGUGCAGCCAGUCAAACUGCCCAUUGACCUUCAAGAAACGCAGACUGUUUAAACUGCACUUAAAGGAGCAUAACAUGCCUGCCAAGUUCAGAUGUUCGAAGGAUCGCUGCACUGCCACGUUUGACUCCCACAUUGCCCGCAAAGCCCAUGAGAAGAAGCAUGCAGGUUACCGCUGCCCCCAUGCUAACUGCCAGGUGCUUGAACACACCUGGGGGAAACUUCAGAAGCACAUGGCCAAACAUCCAGCCACAUUCACAUGCCAAGCAUGUAAGAAGGUGUUCAAGAAAGCAGACACUCUGCGGAGGCACAAACGGAUCCAUGCCUCCCAUAAGCCUGUGCUGGUUUGUCCCAGAGACGACUGCCAGGCCUACUUCUCCACAACCUUUAACCUGCAGCACCACAUUCGCAAGGUGCACCUUGAGCUCCUCAAGUACAAGUGCUCCUUCCCUGACUGUCCACGCAUGUUUGCUAUGAGGGAGAGUAUGACCAGACACCUGCUUCGUCAUGACACAAGCGCCACCAUUCUGAAGAGACAUCAGCGGCCUAAGAAGUUCUGGCAGAAGCGUUUGGAUGGACACCAUCUGCCCCUUGUGGAAGAAAAUUUGGGCCGCCUCUUCGCCUUGCGUAUGCGGAUCUCUCGACGUGUAAAAAUAGAGACCAACCUCUCAGGCCUCUUCAAUGAACGCAAGAUCCCUCAUUACGUCGACCCAGAAGUCAACCUGCGCAACCUGUUUGGUAUCAAAAGGCCCCGUCCUUUGGACGAGAAGCCUGAGGUUUUGCCACUAAAAGAUUAAAUUUAAAAACCUAUUCAUGCUAGCUGUGCAUGCUUUUAAGUUGGUUUCUUUCAUUUUUGGAAAAGAAAUUGGAAGUUGGGUCUCUUUGGUUGUUUUAAUGUAGCUGACAUACAUUAAAAUAUUUAUAUUUCAAAGUAAUUAUUUGAAUGCUGUUCAACUCAUUGACUAGGAUGUCAAGCUUGAGAAGUGACUGAAUUCUAGUUCUUGAAGACAGCACAUUGUAGAAAUGCUUGUUUUGUAAAAUGACACUUGUGGACCCAAUAAAAUAAGUUACAUUUUGAUCAA